CUUCAAAAUGGGGGCCUCGGGGUCCAGGGAGACUGGGAAGUUCGGAGCAGACGGUCCGUGGAGCGCUCCCGGGUGCCUCGGGGCCAUAUUCUGCCACCAGAGGCGUGGCGCCCCCGGGAGGCCUCAGGAACCCGCGGGCCGAUUGGCGCAGGCGCAGCCCAGGCUCCACCAAGGAGCCGAGCGCGCAGCCGGCCAGGCUCCAGUAUGGUGCUGGCGGCAGAGGACCGGGCUGCGGUGCGUGCGCUGUGGAGGAAGCUGGAUAGCAACGUUCACGUUUACACGACCGAGGCCCUGGAGAGGACCUUCCUGGCCUUCCCUUCCACCAAGACCCACUUCCACCACCUGGACCUGAGACCCCGCUCCGCGCAGGUCAGAGCCCACGGCGAGAAGGUGGCCUUCGCCCUGACCGUCGCCUUGGACCACCUGGAUGACCUACCCCGCGCCCUGUCUGCUCUGCGCGUGCUGCACUCGCACAAGCUGCGCGUGGACCCCGUCAACUUAAAGGUGAGAUCGCAGGCGAGGGGGAGGGGACUCCCAUCAGAGAAGGGUGUGGGGGAUGCACCUGAGUGGGGACGACUCCCUUUCUCUGCAGCUGCUGGGCCACUGCCUGCUGGUGACCCUUGCCCAGCACUACCCCGGAGACUUCAGCUCCGCCCUGCAAGCCUCGCUGGACAAGUUUCUGAGCCACGUGAUUUCUGCGUUGGCUCCCAGCUGUCGCUAAAUUGAGUGGAUGGUCGCGAGACCCUCCAGUGUUUGAGUGAAGUCCCCAAAGCCUCAGCUGCGCAUGUGUUCUGUCUAAGGGAGCGCUCCAGGGGCCUGGCCUCGAGGGAGAGGGGCCAUCACUUCCAAAGGAAGACGGGGUCUGAGGAUGCCCAAGUCGCACACCCCCGAUCAUUAGAUACCGGCGCGGACGCUCGGCCCCCGGUAGCCUAAGGCAAGUCUGGACAGCGGGUCCCAAAUUCCACAUGGUAAAUACCGACCCACCGUGCCCUUGGCCGCGGCCACUUCGAGGUACAGACUUGGGGCUUCCGCUGCUCGGGAAUGAGGGGCAGGUGGCGCAGCCGGACCACUCUGCCGGCUGCUCUCAGAUCCACCUAGAACGGAGGGCCAGUCCAGGCCACACGCGGCACAGCCUGGGAGAAACUUAGGAACCGGCGCGGACCGGAACUGCACAACCAUACAAAGCGCAUCUGGAAGGUGUUGGGGACUUUGGAUAUCCGGGAGGCUUGGGGUGAAGAGCCCCCGGUUUGCUAGGGCCUGGUGGAAGGAGGUGUGUCAGCGGGAGACAAGGCGGAUCAGGGAGCCAGCUGAGAGUCCUGUCCACGGACCACAUUUCUCAGGAAACAGAUCUCAGCGCUUCUUUAUUGCCAAAUUUUUUCCUCAUAAAGUCAAUCGUGCUCAUUGCAGAAACUUCAGAAAAACUACUCCAGUUGCUGCACCUGCCUAUUGUAUCCCAGUAGGUCCCACACUCCAUUAUUACUUCCCCCUUGACACAUGGGGAAACUGAACAAAUGGGGUCUGAUCCAGCACAUGUGUGAGACACACACACACACACACACACACACACACACACACACAGAGUCCCCUCUUAUCCUCAGGUGGUAUAUUCCAAGACCCCCAGUGGAUGCCUGAAACCUGAUAAUACCUACCCGCAAGUAUGCUAUAUUUUUUCCUGUACAUACACACCUAUAGUAAAUUUAAUUUAUAAAUUAGUCACAAAAAGAGAGUAACAGCAGUAACUAAUAAUAAAAUAGAACAAUUAUGGCAAUGUACUGUAUUAAAAGCUAUGUGAAUGUGAUCUCUCUCUCAAAAAAUACUGUACAAAUUUAAUGCCUUUUCCUAUCUUAACACCAGAGCACUUAACACACACCGUGGCUGUAACUUGCUGUUUGAGGUGACAGCAAGACAGCAUGAAUUUGUUUCCUUCACAAUUCCACAGAAGAUUCGUUUUUACCGUAGAUCUUAGCCAACUUAACAUGCAAUUUUUUGUUGAACUUUGACCUUUCCACUUAAAGGAAGCACUUUA